UUCACGACAUCCUUAGACGACUUUCUUCUGCUUUGUUUUGCAUAAUCCACAGUAAUCCACACCCUCUUCACCGUCAAACACGAUGGCGAACGGGUACAUAUUCUCACUUCAACCCACGUUCACUCAAGGCCUCAUCAUCGGCCAAUUCUCCAUCUUGUUCCUGCUCGCGGUCAUCCUUAAAUUCCUUUUUCUCGAUUCAGCCGAGGAUACCUCUCACUCGCGAACGAGUGAGGCACCGCGUCAGCAGAAGAAGGUGUCGUCUUAUGACCGUAAGCAGGAUGGUUUGGAUGCUCUACCUGAGUCUACCGAAUGGUUUAAUCUGGUCUUGCGACAAGUCGUAGAGUCGUAUAGGUCACGAUUGAGGGAUGACUUACCUGGCCUGGAAGGCGACGAGGUCCUUCGGCGACGGGUGGAGGACUUCGCCAACCAGGUCAGACCAACGGGGUUCCUUGAUCCAAUACGCGUCCAUUCGGUGGACUUGGGCGUUUCUGCGCCUCGCCUCUCGAAUGCGCGUUCGACGCGUCCACAGAAUAUUGACAGAUCUCUGGGUGACCCGCAAACCGAUCUUGACCUCACAUACACGGAUACCGUAUCAAUAUCGCUGUCAACGGCCUACCUAUUCAAUUAUCCCAUGCCCGCUUUUGCACGUCUUCCAGUCUCAGUCACCAUAUCUCUAUCAUUAUUCUCUUCAUCAAUAAGCAUCAUACCACCAGUCCCUGGAUCGCACGCACCAUCCCUCACAAUUCGGAUACCCCCCACAUUUACUCUCAAACUCACAAACACAUCUCUCCUCGGCAGCCGUGCCAAACUUGCAGACGUACCGAAACUACACGAGCUGAUAGAGUACCAGAUUCGAAGACAGAUCGCGCAGAGAGGCGAAUAUAAGAUCGCGCUGCCGGGGCUCGCGAGUGUGAAGGAGGUGAAGGAAGAAAUCAAAAAGGAGAAGCUCGAGAGAGAGCUGGACGAUGUUUUGUACGCCGCUGUAUCAUGA